CUUCACACUUCACGAAACUUAAGUGACUGGUCCAAAGUCCUUUUACCCUGGAGCAAGAAAUCUGUUUCUCUUUGCUUUCUCAGCUUCAUUACAAACGAAGCUAUUUUUUUAAGUGAAUUUCACUCUUUAACCUUUAAUUCCAAUAUUUCUUUUUUUUCUUACAUUGUGGAUACCACUGCAAACAUUCAUAUCGGAUUAUUUUCGCAGUCUGCUAUCGUUCAGUAGCAGACAAGAGGAUACAAAAUGGCAAAUUUCUUAACGACGUGUUUUUUAAUGUUGAUAUCAACGCAACUGGCGCAGUCCUCUGGUGUGUUUGAGCUGAAAGUGCACUCUUUCACAACAACGAGCGGUGCAUGUAAACUGUCUACAGACUGCCAGAUAUUUUUCCGUGUUUGCCUGAAGCACUCACAAGACGUCAUAUCACCGGAGCCGCCGUGCACUUACGGCACUGGAAUGACUCAAAUAGUCAACGCAGAUCAGAGCUCCAUUUCCAGCAGCGCGCCUAUCACGGUUCCUUUUAAUUUCAAGUGGCCGGGAACUGUCUCGUUAAUCAUUGAAGCAUGGAACGCAGAGUCCUCGUCUGAGCAGCCAACAGAAAAUGUAAAUAAUAUGAUCAGCCGUUUGGCCACCAAAAGAAGACUCACUAUUGGCGAGGACUGGUCUAAGGACGUGCAUCGUGGAGAGCAAAAUGAACUGAGCUUCUCGUACCGCGUAGUGUGCGAUGAAUUUUACUAUGGCAAGGAGUGCUCUGAUUUUUGUCGCCCGCGGGACGACCCGUUCGGCCACUACAACUGCGAUGCCGCCGGCAACAGAAUCUGCCUGCUUGGAUGGAAAGGCGCUUAUUGCGCGGAACCCAUCUGCUCGCCCGACUGUGGUGAGCACGGGUCUUGUGAGGCCCCCGGUAGGUGCAAGUGCAAGUUUGGGUGGCAAGGGCCUCACUGUGAUGAGUGCCAAAGUUACCCGGGGUGCAUACAUGGCACCUGCAACCAGCCCUUCGAAUGCACUUGCAAGGAGGGAUGGGGUGGACUGUUGUGCAACGAGGACCUGAAUUUUUGCACCAAUCACAAGCCCUGCAUGAAUGACGCCACGUGUAGCAACACUGGCCAAGGCAGUUACACCUGUACCUGCAAGCCCGGUUUCAGUGGAAAAGACUGUGAGAUCGAGACCAACGAAUGUGACAGCAAUCCGUGCAAGAAUGGAGGCAGCUGUAACGAUCUUGUAAAUGGUUACUCCUGCACGUGCCCUCAAGGCUUCUAUGGAAAGAACUGUGAGAUCAGCGCUAUGACCUGUGCCGAUGGACCUUGCUUCAACGGAGGAACCUGCAUGCCAAAGGGGGCCGGUGGAUACACCUGUCAGUGCCGUGCCGGAUACAUGGGCUCCAACUGUGAGAAGAAGAUCGACAGAUGCAGCAGCGAUCCCUGUGCUAAUGGUGGCCAGUGUCUUGAUUUGGGUCACAGACUGAUGUGUACGUGCCGCCCAGGCUUUAAGGGAUCUUAUUGCGAAAUCAACAUAGACGACUGCGCACGCAACCCGUGCCAAAACGCCGGCACCUGCGUGGACGGCAUCAACGACUACACCUGCUCCUGCACGCUCGGCUUCACGGGCAAAGACUGCAACGUUCGAUCUGACGCCUGCAGCCUCAAGGCCUGUGAGAAUGGAGGAACCUGCUACACACACUUCACCGGGCCCGUUUGCAAGUGCCCAGCAGGGUUCAUGGGUAACCGCUGCGAACAUGAAGUGAAGCCCACCCCUGUGGCCAGCCCCGGCUUUCCUGCCGCCUUGGCCGUUUCGUUUGCUUUGGGUCUCAUUACGCUCAGCCUGGUGAUGUGCGCUGCCAUCGCCGUCCUGAGACAGAUGCGAAAAGGCCGCAAAGCAGCCUCAACCAAUUUACGCAACGACUUGGAGACGGUCAACAACCGCGUCUCUUUAACUCCUCUUUCAGCGUUAGGCCUAAAAGAGAAAGAGGCUUUUCUUAUUCCUGGUGGUCCCUAUAAGGUGUCCAAUAAGGAUGUGGCUCUCAGCUCAAACACUAUGGACACUCAUUUAAGUGACAAAUCUAAUUAUAAGCAGAAGAUGAUGGAUUACAACUUGAGCAUCGACGAGAAACACCAGACAAAGAACAAGCUAGACAUGAAAAAUUCUGAGUCGACAUUAUUGGUUCCACCUUUGAACUAUUCAAAAGAGGGAUUAUAUCAUCCUGUAUACAUCAUUCCUGACCACACAGAACAAUGUGUCUUUGCUACUGAGGUUUAACAGUAUCUGAAACUCCUCAACCACAGACGGCCUGACCCAAAUAUGUUUACAGAAAGAACUGAAGAAAAUAUAUAUUAUAUCUACUUUAUUAUUUAUUUAUUCAUGCUGCUCUACUACUUCAGGACUACUUCCUGAUACGGACAAUGAUUUUGCGAAGACAAAGCAAUACAAUGGACUCGAAGACUUGAGGAAUUGCAUAAUUUGCACUAUUUUCUUUUCUAUUUUUACGUCCUAAUAUAUAUAUAUACAAAUAUAUAUCAUCAUAUUUAAGAUGUACAUAAAGAAUGAGAACUCUCUCGAAGAGCUAAGGAGAAGCGAUGAUUGUGAAUCACUGAACAGCAGACCUUGAAAAGGAAGAAAAUUAGACAUCCAGAUGUUCAUCUUACUCCAUUGCAAGAAGGCUUGUUGACCAAAUCAAGAAGAAGAUGCAACUAAAGGAUCUGUAAAUCUGACCGUGGAGUAUUUUUUUUUUUUUGGAGUUCGAAAUGCUAUUUAUGAACAAUUACGGAUCUGUGAUCAAAAGCAAUCAAAGUUAUUGAAACGAGCCAUUUUGGCUGCAAACAAUGUGAACGGUCUUGGGAACCUGCUGUUUAAAAUGGCUGUGUUUUACAUUUUUGCACAGUUUUUAGUGCCUACUAUGGAUUUGACUAUCACUGUAACCAAACUCAAUUUUUUAUCAAGUGCCUCAUUUUUCAAUCGGCUUUAGUUUAAAGAAAAGGUACUCCUCAGCAACACUGAACAAGAUGGUUUUUAUUUAGAAAGUAUACGUGUAGUAUGCCUGUUUAAAAAUCUUACAAGGGGUAUGUUUUUUCAAAAGAAGUGUUUGUGCUUGUCUUGGGUACAAAUUGUUUAAACAGCAGUACAUGAUGGAUAUUGUUGUGUACAACUUUCAUCCGGUCCACAUUAGCUGUUGCUAAGCUAUUUCCGACAUUCCCAAGGCUCGAACGGGCCAGUUAGUUCAAGCUGAAGCCUUAUCUUUGUCAAGAUUUCCUGGUUUUGUGAACCUCUGCAUUGGGGUCCUUUAAAAAAAAAGAUUUAGGUUCUCAGCAGAGCAAAUUUUUGUUGUUGUUUUGUAUGUGGCAUUUGUUUCUCAAUUAUUUUUUUUACAAUCAUUUAAACCAAAAUAGAUGAUACUUUUAUAUUUUAUACCGCCAUUCUUAAUUUAAAAAUUGCAAUAUUGUACAAAACCUACUAUUUAAUUUGAUUGUACAUAAUUUGUAUUUAUAAGAGAGAAAUGUGUAUAUGUUUAUGUAUGUGCUUACCGUCACAAAGAAAAUAUAUAUUUUUCUUAAAAUAAAUCCUGAAAUAAUUUA